AUGGGAGAAGAUCGUUUUUGGGCGGUUCGGGGAGGUGGAGCUGCGAGUUUUGGCGUCGUGCUAGGAUACAAAAUACAGCUAGUUCCGGUACCGGAGAGAGUUACGGUUUUUAACGUCGGAAUAACCAUCGGUGAAGGAGCCGUGGAUCUUAUAAUGAAGUGGCAGAGUUUCGCUUCAAGUACGGAUCGGGAUUUGUUCGUGAGGCUUACGUUGACUUUGGUCAACGGUACGAAGCCUGGUGAGAAGGCGGUUUUAGCCUCUUUCAUUGGGAUGUAUUUAGGCCGGUCCGAUAAGCUAUUGAACGUGAUGAACCGAAGUUUCCCGGAACUAAAGCUGAAGAAAACCGAUUGUACCGAGAUGAGAUGGAUCGAUUCCGUUUUGUUUUGGGCCGGUUAUCCGAUCGGUACACCGACUUCUGUGUUGCUAAACCCGAUAGUCGCAAAAAAGAUGUUCAUGAAACGGAAAUCGGAUUAUGUGAAGCGUCCGAUUUCGAGAACCGGUCUCGGUUUAAUACUCAAGAAAUUGGUGGAGGUUGAGAAAGUUGAAAUGAAUUGGAAUCCGUACGGAGGAAGAAUGGGUGAGAUCCCGAGUUCGCGGACACCGUUCCCACAUAGAGCUGGUAAUUUGUUUAACAUUGAGUAUCUCAUAGAUUGGUCGGAAGCUGGAGAUAAAGUGGAAAAAGAUUAUUUGGCACGCGCAAAAGAGAUGUACGAAUUCAUGGCUCCGUACGUGUCUAGUAAUCCGAGGGAGGCGUAUUUAAAUUACCGUGAUCUUGACAUAGGGUCAAGUGUUAAUUCCACGUACGAAGAAGGUAAAAUCUAUGGGGCUAAAUAUUUCAAAAACAAUUUCGAGAGGUUAGUGAAUAUUAAAACCUCCAUCGAUGCGGAAAACUUUUGGAGGAACGAACAAAGUAUUCCGGUUCGAAGAUAA